CUUCCGGGAGCCAGACUUCCUUUCUGGUUCAGCUCUCCACCUUGGGCUCUCUUGUCGGCAGAGAGCCUGUCAGCUCAGCAGCUGCGCCAUGAAUUCAGUGACCUAUGAUGACGUGCAUGUUGACUUCACUUGGGAAGAGUGGACUUUGCUGGAUCCUUCCCAGAAGAGUCUCUACAAAUAUGUGAUGCUGGAGACCUACAGAAACCUCACUGCUAUAAGAUACGGUUGGGAAGACCAUAAUAUUCAAGAACAUUGUCAAACUUCUAGAAGACAUGAAAGGCAUGAAAAAGGUCAAACUAGAGAGAAAACUUCUGUAUAUCCUCAAUGUGUUAAAACCUUUGAAUGUGACAGUCAUCUUCACAGGCAUGGAAAAACACAUCCUAGAUUGAAAACUUUUGAAGGAAAUGAGUGUGGUAAAGCCAUUUCACAUCACAGUCAUCUUCAAAUGCAUAAAAGAAUAUACAUUGGAGAGAAGCCCUAUGAAUGUAGUCAGUGUGGCAAAACCUUUGCAUAUCACAGUAAUCUUCAAAGGCAUAAAAGAACCCAUACUGGAGAGAAGCCCUAUGAAUGUAAUCUGUGUGGUAAAGCCUUUGCAGAUUACAGUCGUCUACAAAAUCAUGAAAGAACCCAUACUGGAGAGAAACCCUAUGAAUGUAAUCAGUGUGCUAAAGCCUUUGCGUGUCACAGUAAUCUCCGAAAACAUGAAAGAAUCCAUACUGGAGAGAAACCCUAUGAAUGUAAUCAGUGUGGAAUCGCCUUUACAUAUUGCAGUAGUUUCCGAAAACAUGAAAGAACCCAUACUGGAGAGAAACCCUAUGAAUGUAAUCAGUGUGGUAAAGCCUUUGCGUGUCACAGUAGUCUCCGAAGACAUGAAAGAACCCAUACUGGAGAGAAACCCUAUGAAUGUAAUCAGUGUGGUAAAGCCUUUGCAGGUCGCAGUAGUCUCCAAAAACAUGAAAAAACUCAUACUGAAGAGAAACUCUAUGAAUGUAAUCAGUGUGGUAAAGCCUUUCCAUGUCACAGUCAUCUACAAAUUUAUGAAAGAAUGCAUACUGCAGAGAAACUCUAUGAAUGUAAUCAGUGUGGUAAAGCCUUUACACGUCACAGUAGUCUCCGAAGACAUGAAAGAACCCAUACUGGAGAGAAACCCUAUGAAUGUAAUCAGUGUGGUAAAGCCUUUGCACGUCACAGUGGUCUCCGAAGACAUGAAAGAACCCAUACUGGAGAGAAAGCCUAUCAAUGUAAUCAGUGUGGUAAAGCCUUUGCAUAUCACAGUACUUUUCAAGCACAUAAAAGGUCACAUACUGGAGAAAGCCCUAUGAAUGUAAUCAGUGUGGUAGAGUCUGCACAUGCAGUAGUCUCUGAUAACAUGAAAGAACCCAUACUGGAGAGAAACCCUAUGAAUGUAAUCAAUGUGGUAUAGCCUUUGCAUAUCACAGUACUUUUCAAGCACAUAAAAGGUCACAUACUGGAGAAAAGCCCUAUGAAUGUAAUCAGUGUGGUAAAGCCUUUGCAUGUCAUAGUACUCUUCAAAUACAUGAAAGAACCCAUACUGGAGAGAAACCCUAUGAAGGUAAUCAGUGUGGUAAAGCCUUUGCACAUCACAGUAGUCUCCUAACACAUAAAAGGGCCCAGACUGGAGAGAAACCCUAUGAAUGUAAUCAGUGUGGUAAAGCCCUUGCACAGCAAGUCAUCUUCUAAGGCAUGAAAGAAGCCAUACUGGAGAGAAACCCUAUGAAUGUAAUCAAUGGGAUAAAGCCUUUGCAUGUCACAUUAACCUCCAAAAGCAUAAAAGAACCCAUACUAGAGAGAAACAGGUAUAUAAUUAGUGUGGUAAAAUCUUUGUGUAUCAUAGUCAUCUUCAAAGACAUGAACUAACAAAUGCUGGAGAGAAACCCUAUGAAUAUAAUGAGAGUGGUAAAACUUUUGCACUUCAUAUUACUCUUUAAGUGCAUAAAAGAUUACACACUGGAGAUAAACUCUAUGAAUGUAAUCAUUGUGGUAAAGCAUUUGUAUGUGUGACUAAAUCAUCUGAGAAAAAAAAUCAUACUGCAGAGAAACCCUAUAAAUGUAUUCAGUGGGAUAAAGUUUUAUACUUUAUAUAGGAGUAAAACUUUUGUUUGCAACAAUCUGUUAAAAUGUUUGCCUAUUACAAUAAACAUUGACUACCUGAAAAAGA